GACGUCACUGUUAGAGAAAGUAAAACUAAAGCGACAGAGGUCUUACCUCUUAUCUAAACUGUCUUUCUUAAUUUAUAAACUGGAUAUUUCUUCAGUCAUUGUGAGAGUGAAGUCAUCACAGCUGAUAUUCACUCACAGACCUAAACUGAUGAAGAUCAAUGACAGAAUCUUCAUCAACAUCACCAAGAAGAAGAAGAAGAGCCAGGAGACUGAGUAUUAUUGAACCUCCAUUAAUGUCAUCCUCCAAUAAUCAAGAGCUUCAGUGUAUAAUCUGCCUGGAUGUGUUUAAUGAUCCAGUCAGCACUCCAUGUGGACACAACUUCUGCAAGAUCUGCUUGAAUACAUAUUGGGACAACAGUGAAGACUGCAUGUAUCCAAACUGUAAAGAAACAUUCGAGAAGAGACCUGAACUCAAGAUUAAUACAACACUCAGAAAUCUUGUGGAUGAACAUAAGAAGAAAACUGAAGAGAAACAACCUGAAGUCCUCUGUGACAUCUGUGAGGAAGUAAAACUGAAGGCUGUGAAGUCCUGUGUGGUGUGUCAGAGCUCUUACUGUGAAACUCAUCUGGGCCGUCAUUUGACAGUCACAGGUUUAAAGAAACACAAACUGAUUGAUCCUGUGAAUAAUCUGCUGGAUUAUAUAUGUCAGAAACAUGAGAGACCUCUGGAGCUCUUCUGUAGAGAUGAUCAGACACCUGUGUGUCUGUCGUGUACUGAUGGAGAUCACAAGAAUCAUGACACUGUGACUUUAGAGGAGGAGAUUGAAGAGAGGAAGAUUGAGCUGUUGAAGACACAGACGGACGUGCAGCAGAAUAUCAGAAACAAAACCAAGAAGAUUCAAGAUAUCAAACAUUCAGUAGAGCUCAGAGGACAGAAAUCAGCAAAGAAACAGGAUGAAGAUCUCAUUAAAGAUCUGGAGCAGAAGAUCAUUGUCCUAAAGAGAAGAUACACUGAGCUGGAGAACAUCAUAAACACUAAAGAUCCUCUUGGUCUCAUACGGGUGACACAUCUGAAAGGAUAUAGAUGUCAGCAGAGGUCUCCAUCUGAGUUGUUUGAGGAUUCUUCAUUGUGGAUUGUUGUUGGUGUAGCUGUCCUUUUUGUUUUGUUUUGUUGUUAUCUUCAGGCUCACAUCGCUAAGAAACAAAGCGAAGCUGAAAAUCCAUUUGUGUCCUUCCUCAAGAAAUUUAUGUAAUUUACGAUGUAACCCUUAGAACACCAGAAACUUUUAUUAUGCUAUUAACACCAAAAUGCAUGACAACAUAUCCAUUGUUUAGGAAGGACACACAAUAGUUUAUUAAAGUAGAGUAGAAAGGAAGAAAUAUGUAUUAGAAAGAAUAAUGUAUUUUGAUAUGUAAAAGAUAAGAGCAAAGAAUAAAUUACCGUCAGAUAGGCAUGAUGUAUUACAGGCUAAAAGAGGAUCAUGAAGAGCAGCAGCACAGAGAACACAAAGAGAAAAAAGGAAAUCAGAAGGAUUGUACUGUAUGAAGGGCAUUCCCAAGACUGUGAUGUCAUAGGGGAUUGGACUUGGCAACUUGGCUAUAAAAGGACAAAGUUAGAUGAGUCUUUCUCAAUCUUUCAAUGAGAAUCUCCAUCCAUAUUUUAACCCAAGUUUAAAGGCCGGUGCACAAUGUUUGAAAAACGUUUUGGAUAAGGGUGUCGUCUACCAAAACACACUUGUAGCCAAUCAGCAGAAAGAGGCGUGUCUA